UCUCUCAGCCUCCAAGCGCCCAUCUCCAGAAUAGAACAAAGCAAAGCAACCAUGUCCGGCCUCUCCCUCGCCGUGGCCCCACGCUCUGAUCCCGAUCAGACGGCCGAGAAGCCCCCAUCAGACGCCCACCCAAGGCAACGUGAACAUACGGUGAUGGGCGGCGUGAUGGGAUCUCUUCGCAUGAUCGAGCUGCAGCUGGUGGCCUUCAUCAUGGUGUUCUCCGCCAGCGGGCUGGUCCCCGUCCUCGAUCUUCUCUUCCCGCUCUUCGCCUCCGCCUACAUCCUCGCCCUCUCCCGCCUCGCCUUCCCCGCCGUCGGCGGCGGCGGCGGCGGAGGGUCGCGGGAGCUCUUCAGUGGGUCCCGCAGCUUCCGGGCCUACGUGGUGUUAGGGUCUACCGUGGGGCUGUUCCUGCCGCUGGCGUACGUGCUGGGGGGGUUCGCACGUGGGGACGACCACGCCGUGCGGUCAGCCACCCCGCACCUCUUCUUGCUCUCGUGUCAGAUACUCACGGAGAACGUCAUCGGCGGCUUGUCGCUCUUCUCGCCGCCGGUGCGGGCGAUGGUGCCGCUGCUGUACACUGUGCGGCGGAUCUUCGUCAUCGUCGAUUGGAUUUAUGAUGUCUGGUUUAAUAAGACCCUCCCUGCUAAUGCUUCCAUCAAGGAUGUUGCCUGGCUGUGGUUUGGUAAGACACUGGCCAUUGCAAAUUUUCUCUACUUCUCUGUCAACCUCUUCGGUUUCUUAAUUCCAAGGUUCUUGCCAAGAGCCUUUGAGAGGUACUUCAAGGAGAAAGAUGAGGUUUAUUCCAAGAUGGCCGAGGACAAGCCCACGAAAGAUCCGGCAGCCCAACUGGAAGAAUCCAAGGCUCCGGAGACUAAGAAAGCCGAUUGAGAUCAGGCUAGCCAGAAGGCUUAUUAAACAAUCAGCCUGGAUCGACCUAUAGUCGAGCUGUGAUUAGGUGGUACCUUUGUUUUUGUACUCGUUUUUUUUUUGUGUACAUGGACGAAGACUGAGGUUGGUCUUGGUCUCAAUCAAAAGAUUUGGUACAAAUUCAUAUAGAGACCUUGUUGAGCAAGACCAGGUUCCUUUUUAUUUGGAUUUCUUGGUGUUCUAGUAAUAGAUUAAUGGUAAUGGACAUCAUUGUGCUCAAUUUUGAUCCAGGCUAACU